CUACACAUGCGCACCUCUGCGGCAGCGGCCACCCACCAUCCUGCGCGAAAGCGAAAACAAACGCGCGGCCGCAGACCGGUCGCUAGUUGUCAUGUAAAAUCUACUGAACGUAGCCCGCCCUAGCGUCGUUAGAAAUCAGUCGCAUGCAGCGCAAUGAGAAGACCUCUCCGAGCGCCACGCGCGACCGUCCCUUUAGGUAAAAAAUGUACCGAAAUCGACUUUUUCUCCUCUGCAUGCGCCCGCAUGACACGGCCGCACCUUCUGAAGCCAACUCAAGUAUGUGGCGCCAGUGCGAAUCGAUGCUGGCGGGCGGACGAACGGUGCAGCACGCAAAAUAGCGAUCUGUUGACCGAGAGAGCAUUAUUGUUUCUGGUACCCAUGGCAGCGACUGUAGGAGUCGGACACUAGCUUGACAAGGCGCAAAUGGCGACCCGAGAGUGGAAACUCCGGCAGACGGUGGAGUCGCACGCCGGCGACGUGACGGGCUGCGACUUCUCGGGUACAACUUUGGCCACCUGCUCGAAUGAUAAGACGGUGCGCAUCUGGCUCUAUGAAGGAGGCUCAUUCACAGAGUCGUCCGCGUCGCCCCUCGUCGGCCACAAGUACGGCGUGAACGCGGUGCAGUUCUCGCCGCUGGGUACGGCACUCGCAUCGUGCUCCAUCGACGGCAGCGUGUUCAUAUGGAACGUUCAGAGUGGCGAGGUGCUGGGACAACUGCAGCACCCAAGCGAGGCGGCUCUGCGAUGCUGCAGCUUUUCGCCCUCGGGCGCGCUGCUGGCCACCGGUGGCGACGAUGAGACGCUGGUUCUGUGGGACGUGGCCACACGCUCGCUGAUGCGAUCCCUCGGCGGCCACGGCGCUCUUGUCACCGCGUGCAGCUUUUCUCCUGACGGCGCGCUGCUGGCGUCCGCGUCGUCUGCCGGAGACCUGCGCCUUUGGGAUGCGCGCUACGGUCACGGCAGCUGUCUGCUGACGCGCUCCGAGGCUCACGACCUGGGUGCCACUGGCUGCCACUUCAGCCCUCAGUUCGAGGCCAGUCUUGCACAGGGCACGCUCGAGAGCAGUUACCUGCUUGCGUCCUGCGGCAACGAUGACCUCGUGCGCGUGUGGCAGGUGCGCAUGGCGCACCGCUGCAGCCUCUGGUCCCAGUGGGUGUUCGAGGGCCACUCUGGAAACGUCAUGUGCUGCCGUUUCGCACCUGGAGGUCAACUGCUAGCUUCCAGUGCCGGUGACAAGACCACCAUGCUGUGGGAUGUGGGCACUGGGGAGCAGCUGCAGCGGCUGACUAAGCAUACUCGCUACGUGCCCUGCUGUGCCUUCUCAGGCGACGGCGAAUUCCUGGCCACAGGCUCCAACGAUCGCACAGUGGUCAUCUGGACUCAGGUUGAGAACACCGGGGAGGAAGAGCAGGGAGAGAAACUGAAGCCAGUGCAGCCGCAACAGCCACCACUGCCCAAGGAGGGUGUUGGGGUGGCUGCGGUGGGCCGCUGGUCAGUGAACCAGGUGGGCGAAUGGCUGGAGGGCCUGGGCCUUGGGCAGCACCGGGCCACCUUUGAGGAGCACGCCAUCGAUGGCCAGGAGCUACUGCACCUGACCCAUGAGGGGCUGAGCAAUGCCCUGCACGUGGACGCCCUGGGCACACGUGCCCGCCUGCUGCGCGAGGUGCAGGCCUUGAAGCACCCCCUGUGGCGGCAUCUGCCUCCAGCUGGGGAAGACGAUGCCGCCCUGCCCGAAGAGCUCUUCUGUCCCAUUACUCAGGAACCAAUGCGCGAUCCCGUCGUGGCCGCAGAUGGUUACAGUUAUGAGCGGACCGCCAUCAGUCGCUGGCUGGAGAGUGGGAAGGACACCAGCCCCAUGACCAACGAGCCCUUGGAGCACACCAUGGUGCUGCCCAACCGUACCCUGCAACUGCUCAUCCAGAAGUACCUGCGCUAGAGGCAUGCCUGAGUGGCGUCCACAGGCAUCACCUGCACGCGCCUGGGUAACCUUGCACUGGGUGCAACACGUGUGCUUCAGACCACAAAAUUGAAGGUGGCAGGUAACAGGGAGGAGCUGUGGAACACUUCUCUAUAACUUGAGGUUAAAGACAGGACAGGAGAUCUGAUCUGCAGGCAUAGGUCAGCAUGAUCACCCACGUUCAUUUCACAUUUGUGAGUAUGAGUGAGUGACGAAGGAUGUGAGGGAAUGUAAGUAUGAACGAGAGUGAGUGCCGUUGAGUGUGAGCAUAUGUGAGUAUGAACAGGAGUAAAUGGUGGUAAGGAUGAGCGUGAGUGAAUAUGUAUGAGUGGACAUUAGUAUGAAUGUGAGCGGGUGCCAGUGAGCAUCAGUGAGCAUAAGUAGGAAAGUGAGUGAGUGGAUAUGAGUGUGAUUCGGUGCAUACCCAGAAAAAAUGUUGGUGAGUGAAUGUCCACUUAUUCCGUCGACCUAUGGCUGCAGGUCACGUGAGAAGCAUUUGCCCUGCUGUGUCUCUGAUCUUCAAGUCUUGUCUUCAGUUGUCUCACAGUUUAGUGUCCUGCUGUGUCUCAGAACCAAUGCAACCCAAAUGGGAAAAUGCAUUUAUGUCAUACAGCAUUUGAAUUGCAUGGCUUCAAUGCCCCUGUUUUCCGUUAAAGUCUAUAGUACCAAGAUCAGAGUGCUGUUGUUACACAUCCCAGAAUUUUAGUUCACAUAUGUACACAGAGUAAAGUUCCUCUCAGCUAGACCACGUACACAUACCUUUCAUAAAAUAAAUUAGACCUAUGCAGCAGUAUAGUAAAAUGCAGGCUUUAGGAUAAUUAUGAUCAUAGUUGUGUGACAGUAAUUACACCACCAUUCCUGUGUGAACUGUUUUUGAGUGCACCCCCACUUGUUCCUCUUGUGCACCAGGGUUAGUCCUGCAGUGGUAAUUACGAGCAUUCCGUAAACUCUGUGAAAGAGUGCUGUUUUGGUAGGACAUGAAAACGCUGUGGAUACAAAUUUCAAGGUUGGAAACGGAGAUAAAAUGCUGUAUUGUAAGCCCUCAUUAAGGCACAUCCUGUGGGACAACAGAGCGACUACCCGCUAAAUCAAUUUGAUUCUAGUAAUGCUGCACAAUAUGGCAGAACUACUGAAAAGGACAUUAAAGGGAAUGUUGGGCUAAGCAGGAGCAGUAAAUUGCAUUUCUAGAUACCAUAAAUGUUGGUCCUAUCAUGAGGGAAUGAGGGUUGGUAAGCCAGAAAAGAUACAAGAACGAAAGACAGACCGCAAGUUCCCAUGCUAGCUUCUCGUGAUCUCAUGAGAUUUGUACAGUGCAUGGUUGGGACUAGUUUAUAGUUUAUAAACAAACGCCAAAUUCUGUUCUAAAGGAGCCAAAGGCACAACCUAGUGAGUAUUGCUAACGUUUUCUGAACAGGAACUUGUCAAACGUGAAAAUAUUUGAAAUCUAUGACGUCAUUUUAGUGUUGUGGCGCGUUGUGUUUGAGGGGUGAGAUUCAAGAAGGAAACUUUUCCAUUCAUAUUCCACGCUAAUACCAGCCUUUUUGCCAGAUACUAAAUGCAAAUCAGCCUAAUUUCUCACCAAAAGCAACACAAAGGCACAUUGGACAAUGAAGCACCAUGAAAAUCACUUUUAUCAUCAUGGCUUGGUGAAAGUACGAAUGUGAUAAUUGUAGCUGCUUGCCUUCCAGUUUCUUUUGCCAUUCAGGAAAGGCCCAACUGCAGACGACUUCAUCAUUGGUAGGGCCCCUGCAUUGUGGUUAUGACUGCUAGAAAAGCUGUUUGAUUGUACAUUUUGAUUGAAGUGUGCUACUGAGCAACAAAAAACACAGGGGAGGGGGGAAAGGACAUAGACAUCACAGGCACAAGUGCUUGUCCACAUGUCAUCUGUGCCUAUUUCUUAGCAUUCUUGUUGCUGAAUGUCGCAUUUCAGUUGGUGUGAUGAUGACAAUAAAGUCUCAUGAUAGCAGCCAAAUCACCCAUUGAUUAUCACAUUUAGUUCCGUAGUAUGGGCUGAAGAGUGAAAUCGUCACAAACCAACCCUUUUAUGUACAUAUGCAGUAAGGAGCAGCGGGUCAGGUAGGCAGUAACUGUUAGAUUUAUAGGCAGCCAACUCUCGAGAACAUUUACUUUACUGUACAAAGUGGCGUUAAUGAUUACGUGGGCAAGUGUUAGGGGGUCUGUUAUAAUGGAGCCUGUCAUAGGCUGACAGGGACAUUUCUGUAGUAUUGUUCAUUGGAUGAGGAGAUGGGUGUAAUGUGGUGAGUAUGGCAGCUUGUUGCAGGCACCAUUGUGGCCACUGCUUGCGUUGCAAUAAAGUUUACUUUUCCUUGCCAA